AUGGAUAUAGGUCGGUUAGUAAUCACAAGUGGCUUUGGCAAUGGCGAAUUCGAAUUGACAACUGGGGGCGACGAGAAUGUGUUCGUCCGUGAUGGACAGCUCAUCAUAAAACCCACCAUUCAGGACGAGAGUUACAUCUCGAACACCAGCUUGACGAACCUGACUGCCGAUGGCACUUGCACUUCACGAACAUCUGACAACUGCGUCUUAUCGGCCAACCUCACAGCAGGAGAAAUUGUGCAGCCUGUCAAGUCUGGCCGCAUCAGCACCAAGAACUUUGCGGUUAUAAGAUAUGGCAGAAUCGAUAUCAAGGCAAAACUUGCUGCUGGCGACUGGCUCCUCUCCCAAAUAAUGAUGUACCCAGCAGAGGAUUACUACGGUGCUUGGCCUGCAUCUGGGGAGAUCGAUAUCGGAAUCGCUCGAGGUAACAAUUACACCUACGGCAAUGGCAAGGGCAAUCAAUUGCUUCAAAGCUCUCUACAUUGGGGUCCGGACUCUACCACUGACCGCUGGCAAACAACUACCGGUGCACGAGACGCUUUACACUCGAGCUACAAUGACAAGUUCCACACGUUCGGCCUUGAGUGGACUCGGGACUAUCUCUUUACAUGGGUCGACAGUCGCCUGGCCCAGGUUACCUAUGUAAAGUUUAACCAUCGCUUCUUCAAACUUGGUGGCUACGGAGCGACAUACGAAAACGGGUCAAGGAUUCUUGACCCCUGGACAGGACCUGGCACUAGCCAUGCCACUCCAUUUGACCGUCCAUUCUACUUGAUUCUGUCCGUUGGGGUUGGAGGCACCUCUGGUUGGUUCGCAGACGGAGUACAAGACAAGCCAUGGGCGGAUGCGUCGGUCACACCAAGAAAGGACUUCUGGAAUGCUAGGGACCAGUGGGGGCCCACUUGGGAGAAGAAGGGUCACGGCGAAUUGGUUGUUAAGGAGGUCGCCAUGUGGCAGCAAUGUGAUGCCGGGGCGACCGAUCUUUCUGGAUUUGCUUGA